AUGAAUCCGAAUUAUCUAUAUCAUCAGGCACCUCAAAGCCAAUUGAGCCAAUUUCAAUAUGGCGCCCCAGGUCCACCUCCAGCCCCAACACAAUCCAUACCACCGCCAAGGACGCCAUUAAGACCCAUUCCGCAGUCGCCCCCUCAACCCGUCAAGCGCAGAAGCGCAGUCGCUUGUAAACGGUGUAGGCGCCUUCGCUCCAGAUGUGUUCACGAGAAGGCCAACCCCCCUUGCGAGGCGUGUCGGGACGCCGGGCGAUCCAAUGAGUGCGAGUUCCCCCUGCGUGGGCAGAAGGAUACGGACCGUGCCUUUAGACGACGCCCAUUUGCAGCCACUACGUCCCAAAAACAGCCAGGUACAGCUCAAGGGACUGCUGGCGGAACUGGGACAGUCAACUUCACACCGCCGAUAGCUCCAGCGGCGCACAUGUAUGCAAACCCGGAGCAGCAAAGGACCCCAGCGGGUCCCUCGAUUGAGGUAUCCUUGGGUCUCCCAACACCCCAGAUGGACCGUGUCGAUGUCUUGCCGCCGCCUGAGGAAGUCCUGGAGGGGUGCAACGUCUUUGUCACAUCUUACUUUCAGCUGGGCUUCAUCCCAAAGACCAUCUUCCUAGAAAGCCUUAAACAAGACCCAAACUCGGCGAGUAGAUUCCUUUUGGCAUGUAUCCUGUCCAUAUCUGCACGCUUCACACCUUCCUUGGUCCGAAGAUAUGGAAAUCCUGCAAACGCCACGGAUCACUUUUUGGAAGCUGCCAGGGCUAUGGUUCCCUCGGAGAUGUACCGGCCAUCUCUCGAACGCAUCCAAGCUUUCUUUUUGCUGGCUAUAUCCCAGUGGGGAAACGGGAACCGUGAGAAAUCCAACAUCGAUAUGGGGAUCGCUGUGAGGAUGGCUUCCAUUCUAAAACUUCACUGCGAGGAGACAUAUUACGUGGAGCCGAAUAGCACGACGGAUCAGAUUAUCCGCUCUGAGAGUGCUCGGCGCGUCUUCUGGAUGAUACAGAGCCAGGAAAACCUCCAUUCCGGGUAUCUCACUCCAGCUUCGUUACCGCUUGAGACCAUCACCACGCUGCUUCCCUGUAACGAGGGAGACUUUGCUUUUGGGACUAUACCCGCUGAACGAGCUGCCCUUUCAGGUACGCCUCCUGCUCUGACAGAUCCAAACCUUGUCUAUUCCUCAUCACGAUGCCUGUUCGCGACCCUGAUACAGGUUCACGGCCUCUGGGGCAGCGUGGCGAGGAGGGCACGUCGGUCGGAUCAAGUCAUGAGCAGACUCCCCCCAUGGGAUAACCAGAGCGAGUUCCAGAAACGAACCAUAGAGAUGCACAACUGGGAGGCUACUCUACCCGCCAAGCAUGCGUUUUCUGUGGCGAACUUGAGGGGCUGGAAGGGAGAGUCUCUCCAUUUAGCAUAUCUAUCUGUUACCAUGGUCCUCCGUCUCUCCAACAUCGUCAUUCGUCGUAUUUACCUCGAGGAUAUGCUAGCUGAGCUCAGUCCAAGUGAUGGCAACCAACCUCUGGAGCCUGAGACACCUACAAUGGGCAAUGCAAAUGACGGCCGAAGAUCGUCUCUGGGCUCAAGUCCAUUGUCCAAAAGGGCCCAGCACUACAUGGCUCCAACAUUCGGGGGUUCGCCUCCAGGAUUCUGGGGAAGCACCUCGGAUACACUCUUCGAGAAUGUAUGGGGACUCCACGAGCAGAUAGACGCCUACUUCAAUAUGCGCUCCCCCUCCGAAGGUUUCCCCCAGAUCCUCGUUUUCUGCGUGUACAUGUGUAGCUCUCUCAGCUCCCACCUAAUGCGAUAUCCGGCCCUCUGCCCAAGGAUCGCAGCGAACGGCCUAGCAGAGAAGAUGGCUGAAAGGAGUUUAGAAGUGCUCACUGAGCUUCAUGCUGCCUGGCCAACGAGCUCGAAGUGGCAAAGGGGACUUCAGCACAUCGUCACUCCUCGGCAGAACAUGAGCCCUUGCACAGAUGUCGAGACACCUCAGCAGCAUCCACUCAUCACGACUCCUGGAACUAUGAAUAGUGAUGUGAACAGGACGCCUGUUCCGCCCAUGUUACAGGCAUUGCCCCCGGAACAUUUCCAGCAACAAGGGCCGGGAGCUGGAUAUCAGACGUCGGUCCAGGACCCGAGGCCUGAUGGGAUGCUCGGUGAACUGUUCAAUGCGCUUCCCCCGGCGAAUCAGCUGUUCAGGCUUGGAAAGGUCCCGACUAAUUCACCUCCAAAUGAGCUCUUAGAAAUGGAGAUCGAGGCUUUCAUUCAGGGUGAUUUUCAUGGCGGUCCUAUUGAGGGCUGGCUGGAUGGUCCGAACUGGUUAGGGGACGACAGACGGCAAGAUUGUCUCUGA